CGGAGGCUGGAGCAGGACGCUGCCGCUCCGAGCUGCUCUCUCUCCGUCUCCUCUUCUCUCUCAGCGGGCGUCGGUGCAGCAGAAAGCCGGAGGGAUGCAGCCAGCGGGCGCGUACGGCGCCGGGAAGGCCGGGAGCGUCAGCUUCGAUGCGGUCGCCUUCUUCACGCAUCCCCGCACCAUCCUCAGACUGAUGUCGUGGGUUUUCUCCAUAGUGGUGUUCAGCUGCAUCGUGAACGAGGGCUACAUCAACAUUGGCUCGGAACGUCUGCUCUGCGUCUUCAACAACAACGGCGACGCCUGUAACUACGGCAUCACCAUCGGCGUGGCCUGCUUCCUUGGCAGCAUCUUUUUCCUCAUCCUGGACUUUUACUUUCCCUCCAUCAGCAACGUCAAGGACAGAAGACGCGCCGUCCUGCUGGACCUCGUUUUCUCCGGUCUUGCCAGCUUCCUGUGGUUUGUUGGCUUCUGCUUUCUGGCCAAUCAGUGGCAGGCGACCUCACCAGAUGAGCUCCCAUUGGCUCAGGGCUCCGAUGCCGCCAGAGCCACCAUCGCUUUCUGCUUCUUCUCCAUCCUCACCUGGGCUGUACUGACGCUGAGCGCUCUCCGACGCUUCUUAACUGGCAGCAGCCAAAACUUAUUCACAUGGCAACACAUGGAGCAAGCCCCUAGCAAUGCUCGGGCCACACCGUACCCCAUCGCCAACGGAGCUACUAUAGUAACAACCAACCCCUACCAGGCCCCGCCCUUCACUGAAACCCUGGACCCACAGAAGCUUACACAGCAGAGACCCAUGGCUCCUGCUUUCUAGAGACAAACAGACAGACAGAGGAGGCCCGAGAACGACACUGAAAACGACCCGGGCACGGACACCACUUCCUGCCUCGCUGUUUUGCAGUUUCCCCCUCCUCUCUUGAGAUUGGAGGGAAUUUCAGAUCACGUAAUGUAUGAUCUAUUUUCACCAUGGCAACUGCGAGCUCUGCUUAGUUAGUUGUAACUCUCUUGUGUCGACAAUAACUGUCUUCUGCUCAUGCACACACAGUCAGCGCACGUGAACACAGCUGUACCCACUCACAAUCACACCUGGAAAUACGUGUAUAUACACUCGGAAGAAUCCACACAUGCACAUCUUGACUGCAUGUUCAUAUGGUGAGGUAAGAUUAACAUAGAUGUAGAUCAGAGAUGAAGCUCCAUCUGCCUUAGUGAGGGAAACCUGAGCUCUGUAGCUCCAUUUAUCUGUUUCUGUUAGUCUUCAGUCAGCCUGACCAAUCACAAGCUUACCUGCAGAUAUGUGGCCUCUCAUUGGCUGGGAGUUAAGAUGGACUGGCAGCUUGACCAAUAGAAUGUGAAGGAACGAGAUGCAGUGAAUUUGGUACGUUUUCUUGGCAAGGAAAUAAAGGCAGGGCAGCUUAAUGCAUUCUGAAUGCUGUAGUGUUUCAGUGUGAAAUAUUCAUGUGAUUAAAUAUUUUAUUGUGAUAUGCUGAAGUGGCGAAAUGAAAAAUAAAAUAAAUCCACUACCACAACC